AUGAAACCGAAAGACGCCUGGCAGGAGGUCCUAUGCGGCCAAGUCGAGCUGGCUUUUGAGAUUGGCUGCCGCAUCGUGCGCGUCGAGACGGGCUUCGACAGCGAGCCGCGGCACGCCUUCAUAGAGGCGGUUGGGCUGGGUCGGCUUGAAAGCAAGCAGCGGGUGAGCAACGGCGAGAGGAAGGUCGGCUGGGUGUACAGCAUCGACGAGGAGACGUGGGGUGGGGCGAGAGAGGACUUGAAGAGGAGGGUGAAGUGUCCCUUGUAA